UCUAAAUUAAACCUCAAAACAUCACAAACAUUCAACCUGGCGUCGCUCUGCCUGCUGUUUUCGAUAAAGAUACGCUCCUCUCUCACAUAUAGAAUACCUAUAUACGCGUAUGCGUGUAUAUCUAUAAGAUAUACGUUUCAUACGUUGAAAGCAGAGGCUGUUUAUGGUUACCGAAGAGGAGACUGAUCGUUGCUUGAUGUUUAGUUGAAAGGGCUAAAAAGGCCAUCUUUCUUCUUCAUUUUCUCAUUCUGAGCUUUUUCAUGCACCAUGAACUCCUACAAUCCUGUUUUUGUGGUACCAGAAUCUAAGACUAGAUCAUAUAUAUGCAGUCUCUUGAUUACCAUGUCUUUGAUCUCCAGUGCUUUCUUCGUUGGCAGUGUGUGGCUCGGGAACCAUUCUUUAAUGUUAUCACCUGGGAUUGGAUUAAAUAUUUCCGAGCAAUAUACAGGGAAUGUCAAGUGUGAGGUGUCGCCGAUACUUAGUAUCAGAGUGGAUAAGGCGGAGGCCGAUAAUACACAGCUUGACAAGUGCAAUGACAAAUGCAGGCCUGUUGGCUCCGAGGCUUUGCCAAGAGGAAUUGUUUCCUCAACUUCAAACUUGGAAAUGUACUCUUUGUCUGGCCCCCUUUCAGAUAAUAGCAACUCCAGACACAGAGCAGGUUUGCUGGCCAUGGCAGUCGGGCUUAAGCAAAAGAGUUUUGUGAAGGAAAUUGUGAAUAAGUUUCUGGCACAAGACUUUGAUGUGAUGCUUUUUCACUAUGAUGAUGUUGUGGAUGAGUGGGGCGACAUGGAAUGGAGCGACGCAGUCAUUCACGUCUCUGCCACAAACCAAACAAAAUGGUGGUUCGCCAAGCGUUUUCUGCAUCCGGAUAUUGUUGCGGAAUAUGAUUAUAUCUUCCUGUGGGACGAGGACCUUGGAGUUGAAUAUUUCCAUCCGGAAAGGUACCUAGCUAUUAUCAAGGAGGAAGGCUUGGAAAUAUCGCAGCCUGCUCUCGACUCCCACAAGUCUGAAGUACAUCACCACAUAACUGUGCGCAACCGGAGAUCAAGGGUACACAGGAGAUAUUAUAGGCUGAGCAGCGGCGGAUCUGGAAGAUGUGAUGAAAACAGUACUGCUCCACCCUGUGUUGGUUGGGUGGAAAUGAUGGCUCCUGUUUUCUCGAGAGCAGCAUGGCGCUGUGCUUGGUAUAUGAUUCAGAAUGAUUUGAUACAUGCUUGGGGCCUAGACAAACAGCUUGGCUAUUGUGCACAGGGUGAUCGAACGGUUAAAGUUGGGGUGGUUGACGAGGAGUACGUUAUUCACUGGGGUCUCCCCACCCUCGGUGGCCUUCCAGACAACAACAAGGCUAGCUCGGAAUCAGAUUCGAACGCGCCACAGUUGAUGAGGUCGAGGUCGAGGUCGGACAACCUUAACAACAGAUCAGGGAUACGCAAACGGUCGUAUGCUGAAAUGAGGGCGUUUACGAGGAGAUGGAACAAGGCGGUGAUGGAGGACGAAUGUUGGGUGGAUCCUUUCAAACAGGAUUAACUACCCAUCUAUACAUGUACAGAUACACAACAACACCAGCAAUAGCAGAUUCUUUUUCUGGCAUUAAACAACAUAGAUAUACAUCUCACUCAAGAGCUCCAAGAUUAUAGCCUAUUCAUCUGUCUUUGCAGGUGGUUUUAUAUUUUCAAGAAUCUACAAUUCAAAUAGAGCCUUUUUUUUCUAAUUUUUAUUUAAUUGUAUAUCUUCUAACGUUUUGAGGCCGAUCUUUGUUUCAUUCUUUUAUGAGCGAAUUGGAAAUAUAAAGUCAUGUUGAACAUUCUUUUCGUCA